AUGAUAAAUAGUGGUGGAGCAUUCAGUUGCCUGAGACGCAAACGGAAACGAUGCUUGGACGGAGAUGUAGAGUCGGUAGCUAAAGUCGCCGAAUGUUCUGGCAAAGAAACGCCAAAAGACUGCAAUCCAACUAGUCUAGAAACUCAUCCAACUAGAUCUAUUCGUCACUAUGACUGUUUGAGAGAGACUAGUAACAAGACUUUGAAACUUAUUCCUUCUGUUAUUACCAUACGAAAAGUUGUGGAGAUUCUUUAA